AUGGCCGAUUUUAGACAAGUUAGAAACGUUUUCUUGGUUGUGUUAUUCUUCAAUAUUUGCUAUUUUCUAAAAAUUUAUCGAAAUAACAAAAUACAAACAGAAAUCCUAAAUUUUCGUCAUUCAUACUACAAUUAUUACAAUGACGAUCAAAUCUCUAUUGGUUAUCUCAAAGAAGAAGAUUCACUUCCUGAAGAACAAAAACUAUUGCAAUUGUUACACGAUGUUAAACGUAAUGAAAACAAUACAUAUUGGUUGGCCAACGCUACCAUGGAAUACCCAUCUAUUAUGUUAAAUGCGGCAGACUUCUUACCACCACCUGCAACUAAUCCUCAGUCUAUCACGUGGUAUAAUAAUCCAAAACUUUACUAUGAACCUAGGCUUACAUUGGCGAUAUACUUAGAUGAGCUAAAACAUCAACUUAAAUUGCACAACCCUCAUAAUUCUAAAGCUCAGGACCACUUGAUAAAAUUGCCAUUUUCGUGGUCAGAUUGGGUUGAUUUAACUAUGUUAAAUACAGAAAUAAUAAAACCAGUUGGUCUAAGAAAUAAUUGUGAGUGGUUGCAAAAAGACGCAAAUAAACGAACUAGAUUUCCAGAUUUUUGUAAGAAUCUAGUGGAUUUAUCAGACGAGGAGAUAAAUGAAAUUGGUUUGUCGAAAGACCAACUACCUGGCUUUAUUGUCAAGUCAUCACCUAUGAAUAAGGCACCACAUAUGGAGGUGAUGAUGCAAGGUAAAUCAUAUUUAUACGCCCAACAAGAAAAUCCAUUAACAUUAGUGUUUUUAACUAGUAAUGGCACUUACGAAGCACAAGUCACAGAAAAAAGAGAAAAAUUACUACAAACAGAUUUACUUCAACGGUUUUUGAAAAGAAGAAAGAUAGACAUUAAGCAGAUCCAUGGUGUGGUACCCGUUGAGUUUAAUCCACAAUCGGAAUUUCAAAAAUUAUUAAGUACGAUUCCACCAAGAACACUAGACCCAAGUGAUGACUUACAUGGUAUCAGCAAGAUUACUUCAAAUAAAGGUGACAGAAAUAUUCUAAGACAACUCAACUUAGACCCUUCUACAUUCCAUUAUACUCAACAAAAUGUUGAACAGCAAAUUGCCGGUUAUGAAACCAGACUAAACAGAAUCGAGAAGGCAAUAACAGAUGAACUAAACUAUGAUCUAAACGUUCUUGAAACAAAUAGAUUAACUCGACACGAAUUAAAUCAUUAUCGUGGGUUAAAGCAUGCUAAUUCGUUUUCAGUUGAUGUGGAGCCAACUUAUUAUAAAUUGGCAACAUUGAAAAAAACACAAUACAACCUUGAUUCCGGUUGGCAUUAUGAGUGGAGAUUUUUCAAUGGAGCUAUGAGAUAUCUAAAAGAUGACACUUGGUCUUAUGAACAAAUGGAAGUGAGAGAGCAAAUAAUCUUGGAUAGAUUAUUAAGAAAUUGGUUCAAAUUCGCUGAAGCUAAAGGUAUAGUUUCCUGGAUAGCACAUGGUCCUUUGUUGUCUUGGUAUUGGGACGGCUUGAUGUUUCCCUUUGAUAUAGAUAUUGAUCUUCAAAUGCCGUCGUCAGAAUUAAAUCGGUUGGCUGCCAAUUAUAAUAUGACUUUAGUCAUUGAAGACUUGAAUGAAGGGUAUGGGAAGUACUUGAUAGAUUGUUCCACAUUUAUACAUCACAGAAAUGUUGCUGGUAGAGACAACCACAUUGAUGCGAGGUUCAUUGAUGUUGAUACAGGAACUUAUAUUGAUAUUACUGGUAUGGGCUUGAAUGAUGAAAAGCCACCUUCACAUUAUGACAAUUACAUUAAAGAAAAAACAGCUGCUAAUGAAUCGGUCGAGUUAUACAUGGAUAGAAGAAAGCAUUGGUUAAAUUAUGAGAAAAUCAACCCCUUACGGUACUCAAUGUUAGGGGGAGUUCCUGUAUUUGUUCCUAAUGAUAUCAUGUCAAUGUUAAACCAGGAGUAUCCUAAAGGUACUAAAAGUUAUUAUUAUGAUGGUUAUUAUUAUGUUCCUUUAUUGAGAUUGUGGCUCCAAGAGUCUAAAAUUCUAGCUGCUUUCAAACCAGAACAAUAUGAAGCUGUGACAGAUGAGGCCCGACAAGAGAAUAUACUUGAGUUGAUCAAAACUUUAAGACACGAAGAUGCAUUUCAACUAUUGAAGCUGAAUAAGGAUAUGUUAACUGAAUACUACUUGACCCAAAAAUAUACCGGAUUACACCAAAGAGAAAAGCAACUAAUGAUGGAUGAAGCUGCAGAAAGACUGGUGCUAGAUUUAGAACACAAUGAACAAUACAACCGUCUAACAUCAAAUUUUUAUAUUGGACCUCCUUUGAGGAAAUGUUUGUUUGAUUUUGAAUAUUAUGGGCGAUUUAAACAUAUGCCAAAACAAAUUGUGCCAACAAUUGUAGAAAAUGACCAAGUGGACAAACCUCAAGUAUAUUGA